AUGUUUGGAACCAGUUCAACUUCAGGUUUUGGAGGAUUUGGCUCGUCCAAUAAUAACAAUGCCAAUUCUCCAUUUGGAUCAUCAACUACUCAACAACAAAAUGCAUCUCCGUUUGGAUCUACAAAUAAUGCAAAUACUAAUCAAUCGGGAGGGUUAUUUGGGUCUUCAAAUACAAAUACUUCAGGUUUUGGCUCAGGUUUUGGCUCAAAUAAUACAAAUCAACCAUCUUCAGCAUUUGGUUCAUCAGGUGGUGGCUUAUUUGGCUCAUCUAAUACUACAUCAUCACCAUUUGGUCAAUCUAAUACAACAUCUGCAUUUGGGAGUAAUACUUCGGGAGGGGGGUUAUUUGGAAGUAAACCUGCAAAUACUACAACUUCAGGUUUUGGUGGAUUUGGAUCAACACCUGCUACUCAAUCAUCACCUUUUGGUUCAUCAAAUGCCUUUGGCUCAACUUCAACCGAUUCAACUGUAAAUAAUGGUACAGCAGUCAAACAAUUUUCACCAUAUACUGAAAAAGAUUCAGCAAAUAUGACAAAUGUAUUUCAAAAUAUAUGUUGUAUGCCAGAAUAUAAAAAUUUUUCAUUUGAAGAAUUAAGAUUAAAAGAUUAUGAACAAGGAAGAAGAUUUCCACCUCAAGGUAGUCAAGGAUUCGGUGGUGCUAGUACAGGUGGAUUUGGAUUUGGUAAUCAACAAACUAGUGCAUUUGGUCAAAGUAAUACAUCUCCGUUUGGUCAACAGAAUCAAAAUACUGGAUUUGGUUCAUCAUUUAAUAAACCAGCUGCAUCACCAUUUGGAUCUCAACAACAACAACAACAACAACCACAAACUUCUGCAUUUGGAAGCUCAUCAUCGCCUUUCGGCUCUAAUCAACAAAGUUCAGGGUUUGGUUCAACAUCAGGUGGGUUUGGGUCAUCAUCAGGAGGAGGUAUUUUUGGUGCUAAUAAACCUGCUUCAGGUUUUGGUUCAGGAACAUUAAUAAGUGCAUUUGGAAGUGGAAAUACACAAGGUGGUGGCUUAUUUGGAUCUAGUAAUACAAAUACUAAUGCUUUUGGUUCAGGUUCAGGUACAAGUGCAUUUGGUCAAAAUACUGCAUCACCAUUUGGUCAACAAAAUCAACAAACUAGUGCAUUUGGUCAAUCUAAUGCAUCUCCGUUUGGCCAAAAUCAACCACAACAACAACAAUCAGGUGGGUUAUUUGGCUCAGGAACAGGAAGUAAUACAUUUGGUUCAGGUACUUCUGGAUUUGGUCAAUCAAGCACUGGAUCAAACAUGUUUGGUCAAAAUAAUACUAAUGCAUUUGGAGCUAAACCAGGUACAGGAUUUGGACUGGGUACUACUGGUGGUGGUUUAUUUGGAAGUAAUACAAAUCAACAACAAUCUGGUGGUUUAUUUGGUGGUCAAAAUCAACAAAAUUCAAAUCAACAACAAUCUGGCGGUUUAUUUGGAAAUAAACCCGCUGGAACUUCAAUGUUUGGAAGCAAUCAACAAAAUACACAGGGUGGUGGUUUAUUUGGAGGUCAACAAAAUACAAAUCAAACAAGUGGGGGGUUAUUUGGUAAUAAACCAGCAACUACAAGCUCUUCAGGAGGAUUAUUUGGUAAUAAUCAAAAUCAACAACAAUCUGGUGGAUUAUUUGGUGGUCAACAAAAUACAACUGGCACUUCUGGUGGUGGAUUAUUUGGUAAUAAACCAGCUACUAGUUCGGGUGGAUUAUUUGGAGGUAAUACAAAUCAAACAAGUGGUGGUCUAUUUGGUGGUCAACAACAGCAACAACAAAAUCAACAACAAACUCAACCAAGUACAUUUGGUUCAACAUCUGGUGGUUUAUUUGGUAAUAAACCAGCUACUUCAACUACAUCAGGAGGAUUAUUCGGUGGUCAAAAUCAACAACAACAACAACAACCUACUCAAAGCUCGGGAUUGUUUAGUAAACCAGCUACACAACCAACUAUUCAACAACAACCACAAUCUGCUCUAGCUAAUAUAAAUUCUCAAAAUCCAUAUGGUAAUAAUCCAUUAUUUCAAUCAAUUACUGGUCCUUCUCCUCAGCAACAACAAACAUAUCAACCACAUGCAACAGUUAUAAAAUCAGCAACACCAAUUAAAAAACAAGUUACACUUGGCUCAACUUCACAAAGAAUAACGCCAUUAUUCAAAUCAAGUUCAUUACCUACUAAAAAACCAAUAGAAGCAAAACAAGAUGAAUUGUUUAAAAAGAAAUCAGAUUCAUUAUUUUCUUCAACUACAGAUGAUGCAAUUAUAUCUUCAGAUAUUUUUAAACCAAAAGAUAAUUUUAAAAAAUUGGUACUUGAUAAAUCAAAUGAAUUAAAAUCUCAUAGUCCUAAUAAACAAGUUUCAAUGAUUGUAUCUACACCAGAACCAGAAAUAAUUGAAGAUGCAAAUGGAUAUUGGACAUUACCUUCAAUACCAGAUUUGAAAAAUAAAUCAUUACUUGAAUUAAAACAUAUUAAAAAUUUUCAAAUUGGUAGAAAAAAUUAUGGUGUUUUAGAAUUUUUAGAACCUGUUGAUUUAACUUCAUUAGUUAAUUUAGAUGAUAUUGUUGGACGUUUAGUAGAAUUUAGUAAUAAAUCAUGCAUUGUUUAUCCUGAUGAUGAUAAUAAACCAAAACCAGGUGAAGGUCUAAAUAUACCUGCUAGAAUUACAUUGGAGGGUUGUUAUCCAAUUAAUAAAAAGGAUAAAUUACCAAUUUUAGAUCCAAAAAGUGAUGUAGUUAUAAAACAUAUUGAAAAUUUGAAGAAUAUGCCAGAGAUGAAGUUCAUAAGCUAUGAACCAACUACAGGUAAUUGGACAUUUGAGGUUAAACAGAUGGAUUAG